AACAGCUGAUCCAUAUUUUCGUUAUAAAUUACAUGAUUCAAAAAUAUCGAAUUCAUCAGUAUCACGUCUUGAAUUAUCAUAUGAAAAUGCUGUUAUGCUCUGUGCAUCUGUACCUAAUUUAAUUGCAACAAUUUUAGUUACAUUUAUUUGUGUACCAUAUAUUCAUAAAUAUCGAAUAUAUACAUCAUUAAGUGGUAUAGCAAUAUGUUUAUUGAUAUGUUUUGCACUUAUUUUUGUUAAUGUUAGUCAAUGGCGUGAAAUAUUCUUUAUUGUAACUAUGAUACUUGUUAUGAUUCAAGGUGUUUUUUGUGCUAUUUUACUUAAUUGCUUCUUUUCAUUAGCAUCAACAUUACCUAGUCAAUAUAUACAAGGAUUUGUUGCUGGUCAAGCACUUGGUGGUGUAUUCGUUGUAUUAUGUUCCAUAGCAUCAAUAUUAUUUUCUAAUGAUAUAUCGAUUUCAGCAGCUAUUUAUUUUCUUCUUGCUAUAUUUGUUAUUAUAUCAAAUUUAUUAACAUUUAUUUAUAUUGAAAAAUCUCAUUUAUUACAAAUUUAUUCAUCAUCAAUACAAGAAAUAAAUAAUGAAUAUGAACCAUUACUUCAAUCAUCAUCAUCAGAUGAUAAUCAUAUUAAUUCAAUGAAUAUAACAUCAUUAGCAU